AUGCGAAACAUGUAGAUAGCCGUUAAGCCAGAUAAUGCUUAUCUUUGUAUCAAAUAUUUCAUAUAUAAAGGCUAAGGGCAUGUGGUCCAUACCCAGUUCAUUAUUAUCCGUGUUAGCAGUGCUGUAAAGGUGGCUGAUUUAUAUCGGUGAAAACAUGGAACUCGUUACCACCGCAGUCUGGUUAUUUGUGGCCUUCUUUGGCAUAGUUUACUUUUAUUUUCAACGAAAGUUUUCCUAUUGGAAAAACCGUGGUGUUCCACACAUAGAACCAAAAUUCCCUGUAGGGAACCUGCCUUGGAAAGAAUUGGGCAACUUCAGAGACGUUUUUGAGAGACUCUACAAUUUGAGAGCCGAAUCACCUUUUGUUGGAGCGUACUUCCUUGCCAACCCAGUGGCGGUAGCAACUGACCUAGAUUUUAUAAAAGACGUGUUAGUGAAAGAUUUCAACAAUUUUCAUGGACGUGGUGUGUAUGUAAAUGAGAGAGAUGAUCCUAUUUCCGCACAUUUAUUUUCUUUGGAUGGACCAAAAUGGAAAUCGCUUCGGAUGAAACUUUCGCCUACUUUCACUUCUGGAAAAAUGAAAUUUAUGUUUCCUACCAUCGUUGAUGUUUCAGAGCAGUUUAAUCAGGCUUUGAGUGAAAUGUUGCAAGAUCACAGUGAGAUUGAUGUCAAGGAAAUUCUUGCUUGUUUUACAACUGAUGUUAUCGGAACAUGCGCCUUUGGAUUAGAGUGUAACAGUCUGAAAGACCCGAACGCAGUGUUCCGAGCGUAUGGUCGCAAAGUCUUCACACCAUCAAAACUGCGCUCAAUAAGGUUGGUCUUCUUCCGAGUCCCAAAACUGGCUGCCGCACUACGUUUAUCAAUUUUUGGCAAGGAAAUCAAUAACUUUUUCAUGGGUAUUGUAAAUCAAACCAUCGAACACCGUGAAAAAAAUAAUAUCAAACGGAAUGAUUUUAUGGAUAUGCUUAUUGAUUUGAAAAAUAACGACACUUUGGAUGAAGGCAAGAAAAUCAAAUUAGGGAAGCUUACUUUGGAGCAAGUGGCGGCCCAGGCAUUCGUUUUCUUUCUUGCUGGUUUCGAAACCUCUUCUACGACGAUGAUGUUUGCCUUGUACGAACUGGCGUUGAAUCCAGACAUCCAGGAGAAGCUCCGGACUGAAAUAGAUACCGUCUACGGGAAACAUGAAGGUCGUUUGACGUAUGAAGCCAUCAAGGAUAUGGUUUAUUUGGACCAAGUGAUCAAUGAAACAUUGCGAAAAUAUCCACCAGUUCCUGCGUUGCAGCGUGUAGCUCAAGACAACUACAAAAUCGCAAAUUCGAAAUUGGUGAUUGAGAAAGGAACAACUGUAAUGAUUCCUGCUUAUCAAAUUCAACAUGAUGAACGCUAUUAUCCAAACCCCGAGAAGUUCGAUCCUGAUCGUUUCCUGCCAGAAGCGUGGAAAUCCCGGCAUCCAAUGACAUUCUUGAGCUUUGGAGAUGGUCCCAGAAAUUGCAUAGGAAUGAGAUUCGGAAGAAUGCAAUCACGGGUGGGUCUUGCUAUGCUGUUAAAGAACUAUCGAUUUGAGCCAUCGGAGAAAACACCGAUUCCAGUGAAAUUCUCACCAGUUGGUGGGAUUUUGGCACCUAUCAACGGAAUGCAUUUGAAAAUUAUUAAAACGUAAUUUCAUAGUAUUAAGCAUUUAACGAGGCAAUGAGGUAAUAAGCGGGGGCUAGCGUGUUUUAACAAUCAUAAACUAUUUUUCAGUAAAUCGCUUUAGG